UCGCAGUGGGACCCCACGGAUCCCGGGAUGGUCACGCAGGCCAAGGCGGUGAUGCACACGUCCGUCGCGCCCGGGGAGCUCAAGUGCCGCGAGAGAGAGCACAAGGAAGUCAUGGCCGCGAUCCACGCCGCGCUGAAGCACAGAAAGUCGUCCUCGAUGUACGUCUGCGGGCUUCCGGGGACGGGGAAAUCGCUCACCGUGGGCGAGGCGGAGAAGGCCGUGCGCCGAUGGGGCGACGGCAGCGGCAGGGUCGGGAAGCUCGCGAAGAGCGAGCGGCCGAUCGUGGCCGCGGUGAACUGCAUGGCGCUCUCGGAGCCUCGGCACGUCUUCGCGAGGAUCAUCGAAGCCCUCGGCGGGGUGUCCCCCGCGGAGCUCGCGCGCGCGUCUGCCGACGCGGGGGGGAACCCGGAGAAUUCGGACCUGAGCCAGCUCCCGGAGCGAUUUAAGGGUCGCGCCAACGACGCCGCGAAGCCCAUGGUCGUCGUCCUCCUCGACGAGAUGGACCAGCUCGCGAGCAAGGCGCAGAGCAUACUGUACGAGCUCUUCGGCCUUCCCACGCUCCCCGGGUCGCGAUGCGUCGUCGUCGGCGUCGCGAACAACAUCAACCUCGUCGAGGUGACGCUCCCGAGGCUCAAGAUGCGCGGGUGCGAGCCGGAGGUUGUGCGAUUCGACGCGUACGACAAGGACCAGCUCAAGCUGUUGCUCGCGCAGAGGCUCGCGAAGCUGCCGUGGGAAUGUUUCGAAGACGCCGGGCUCGAGCUGUGUUCCAGGAAGGUGGCGUCCGCGACCGGCGACAUGCGCCGCGCGCUGAACAUCUGCGCGGUCGCGGUGGAUCUGUGCGCGCGCGAGGCGGCGGCGGCGGCGGCGGAGGCGGAGGCGGAGGCGGAGGGCGUCGCGACGGAGAAAACCCCCGCGGAGGCGGCGCGCGAGUCGAAACCGCUCGUGCGCAUCUCGCACGUCGCGCGCGCCAUCUCGCUGUCGUUCGCGUCGCCGGUCGUGGACACGAUGCGAUCGCUGCCGCAGCAACAGCAGAUGGUGCUCUGCGCGGCGGUGCGUCUCUUUCGCGUCGGCGGCGGCGCGUCGCGGUCGAGAGAGACUAAGCUCGGCGAGCUGCACGAUAAAUACUCGUCUCUGUGCAAGGAAACCGCGAUCAAGGGCAUGAACAGCGGGCAGUUCAGCGAGGUGUGCGCCGUCCUCGCGGAUCAGACGCUGUUACGGCUCGGUAAGGGCGCGGAAGACAGGCAGCGGAAGGUGAGCCUGGCCGUGCACGAGGACGACGUCACGUUCGCGUUGCAGGGGGUGAAGUUUUUC